AUGAGGGCCGUCGCCAGUACACAAGAGUACGGCGAUAUUGGGAUGACAAGCAACCUGAACUGGACCUGCGUGCUUUGCAUCGUACAAACUUGCCUUUCGCUGCUCCAGCAGAGCCAAGACGGCUGGUCGAGACGCAUAACACGCGUGUUCGAGCAACUUGGCAGAAGCGACGAGUCGACCAUGUCCUCCGGCGGUGCGACUCCGAUGACGAUGUCGGGCCCUUCGGACGCUUCCUCGGCGAACACAUCCCCAAGAGCGAUGGUUUAUAGCAACACGACCAGCCCAGCAUCGUGUCAUGUGGAGACGAGACCGGCGACCGCCCUCCCAUAUCCCGACUACGUACCGGAUGAGGGCGAGCUGGAGAGGCGACGGUUAGGAGAAGCCCAGCCACAACUCGUACCGACAGAGGUGUUUCUGAACAAGUACUUUGCCACGACGAGACCGAAUGCUCGUUGA